AUGGCCUCUUCCUUGGUUCCUGGUGAGCGCUUGGUUCGCGCUUUAGGCCCCGGAGGAGAGCUGGAGCCUGAGAAGCUGCCCCGGAAGCUGCGGGCCGAACUUGAGGCCGCGCUGGGGGAGAAGCACGGGAGCGGUGAUAGCCCCGGUGGCCCCCGACGCUUGCUUUCCUUCGGCCUGAUCCGGGAGCUGCACCAGCACUUGAGAGAAAGGGACUCUAAGCUGUAUCUUCAUGAGCUCCUGGAAGGCAGUGAAAUCUAUCUCCCAGAGGUGGUUAAGCCUCCAAGGAACCCAGAGUUAGUUGCCCGAUUGGAGAAGAUUAAGAUACAGCUGGCCAAUGAGGAAUAUAACAGAAUCACCCGUAAUGUCACCUGCCAGGAUUCAAGGCAUGGUGGGUCUCUCAGUGACCUGGGAAAGCAAGUGAGGUCAAUGAAGGCUCUGGUCAUCACCAUCUUCAACUUCAUUGUCACGGUGGUAGCUGCCUUUGUGUGCACUUACCUUGGAAGCCAGUAUAUCUUCACAGAAAUGGCCUCGCGGGUGCUGGCUGCGUUGAUCGUCGCCUCUGUCGUGGGUCUGGCUGAGCUGUAUGUCAUGGUACGGGCGAUGGAAGGCGAGUUGGGAGAGCUAUAACUGGUGCUUCAUCUUCAAAGUCUGGACAAGAUUUGAGGGGCUCUGGGCUCCCCAGCUGCCUGUCGCUGACUCUGAGCCAGCCCAUCAGGCUCUUGGUUCUGCAUUCCAGUAAGU